GCAUCGUUAGAGAAGAAACUCGUCCGGAAGAUUGAUUUGCGCUCUCUCCCCAUCCUAAUCGUCCUCUUUUUGCUCAAUGUCCUCGACCGAAACGCCAUCGCUAAUGCUCGUCUCGGCGGCCUGGAAGCAUCGCUAGGCAUCGACGAUGUGCAAUACCAAACAGCCGUAAUGGUACUGUGGGCCGGUUAUAUUUCCAUGAUGGUGCCAUCGAACAUGCUUCUGUCAAUCUUCAAACCGCGACUAUACUUACCCACUGUCGUUAUAGUAUGGGGUAUUGUGUCUGGCGCUACCGGCUUUGUACAAAAUCAUGCUGGAUUGGUGGCUCUGAGGUUUCUAGUUGGCGUCACAGAGGCACCGUAUUUCCCCGGUUGUAUUUUCUUCCUCUCCUGUUGGUACACGCGGAAGGAGUUGCCUAGUCGCAUUGCAACCUUUUACUCGGGGUACACGCUGUCGUCAGCCUUUGGUGGUCUUAUUGCGGCUGGAAUCGUUGAUGGAAUGGAGGGGCUGGGUGGCUAUCCUUCUUGGAGGUGGAUCUUCAUUAUCGAAGGUGCCCUUACGAUCAUCGUGGCGUUUGGUGGGUAUAUGCUUUUACCAAACUACCCCUCGAACACCUCGUUUUUGUCAGCUGAAGAG